AUGACAAUUUCGACCGAUUUCUUCCUUUUUAAAGGAAUGCUGAAGCCUUCCGAGAGAGGAUUAGAAUGCAGGGGGAAUGUAAUUGCCGUAAAUUUGGAUAAUUUGGUGUGUUUCGUGGUACAUUGGACCGUAUUCAUCCUUCUUCCAGACUGCUCGGCAUACAAAAUGGAUACUAAAAAGUCUUCCGAGAAAGGGGUAGAACGCAAGAGGAAUGUUAUUGCCGUCAAUUUGGAUAAUUUGGUGUGUUUUAUGGGACAUUCGACCGUUUUCUUGGCUUUUCCAGACUGCUCGGCCUACAAAAUGGAUACUAAAAAGGGAUCUGAUGCCGUUUCAAGUCUUCCGAGAGAGCGGUAG